AAAAUUAGUAACCUAGUGUUAGUCUCUACAAAAUCAGUAAAUUGAAUUUGAAUGUCAGAGUUCUGAAGCUAUAUGAUUAAAGAUAAAAUAAGAAGCUACUAUGGAGGAAACUGGGCCAGUUUUAGCUUUUCAGGAUUGUUGUCUUUAAUUUACUGGAAUACCAGUCAGGAUUUGCAUGAAGGUGUUGAAGAGGCUGGUGCACUGCAGAAAAAUCACUCUUCAGUGACAUCUGUGAACUCCACAGAAGCUACAAACUCUGCCUGCCUUCCUACACAAGAUGAGUCAUUAAGCACUGUGAGCGGUGAAGUGCUCACAGAACAAACUUCAGGGAGUGCCCUACAAGUAAAUGAUGUUGAAAUGACCAGGGUGAAAGAAAACUGUUGUGAUGAUAAAACUUGUAUGCGGUCAACUUCAGAAGAGGGAACAAGUGAAAAUGUGCCUAUAGUAGAAGACAUUGCAAACCAACCAAAGAAAAAUAGGAUUACUUACUCACAAAUUGUUAAAGAAGGCAGGAAAUUUAAUAUUGAUUUGGUAUAAAAGCUGCUGUAUUCUCGAGGAUUGCUUAUUGAUCUUCUAAUCAAAUCUAAUGUCAGUCACUAUGCAGAGUUCAAAAAUAUUACCAGGAUUCUUGCAUUUCGAGAAGGAAGAGUGGAACAGGUUCCUUGUUCGAGAGCAGAUGUCUUUAAUAGUAAACAACUUACUAUGGUAGAAACAAUGCUAAUGAAGUUUCUUACAUUUUGUAUGGAGCAUGAGAAACAUCCCGGUGAAUAUAAAGCCUAUGAGGAGAUUACAUUUUCUGAAUAUUUAAAAACUCAAAAAUUAACUCCGAACCUCCAACAUUUUGUUCUGUAUUCAAUUGCAAUGACACCGAAGUCAACCAGCAGUACCUUAGAUGGACUCAAAGCUAUCAAAAACUUUCUUCACUGUCUCGGGCGCUAUGGCAACACUCCUUUUUUGUUUCCUUUAUAUGGCCAAGGGGAGCUCCCUCAGUGUUUCUGCAGGAUGUGUGCUGUAUUUGGUGGAAUAUAUUGUCUUCGCCAUUCAGUUCAGUGCCUUGUUGUGGACAAAGAAUCCAGAAAAUGCAAAGCAAUCAUAGAUCAGUUUGGUCAGAGAAUAAUCUCUAAGCAUUUCCUUGUGGAGGACAGUUACUUUUCUGAGAACACAUGCUCGCACAUACAAUACAGGCAAAUUUCCAGGGCAGUCCUAAUUACAGAUAGAUCUGUACUACAAGCAGAUUCAGAUCAACAGAUUUCCAUUUUGACAGUACCAGCAGAGGAACCAGGAACUUCUGCUGUCCGGAUCAUUGAAUUAUGUUCUUCAACAAUGACAUGCAUGAAAGGCACAUAUUUGGUUCAUCUGACUUGUACAUCUUCAAAAACAGCAAGAGAAGAUUUAGAACCAGUUGUGCAGAAAUUGUUUAUUCCAUAUACUGAAAUGGAGAUGGAAAAUGAAGUUGAAAAGCCAAGAAUUCUAUGGGCUCUUUACUUCAGUAUGAGAGAUUCUUCAGACAUCAGCAGGAACUCUUACAAUGAUUUAUCAUCCAACGUUUAUGUCUGCUCUGGCCCAGACUGUGGUUUAGGAAAUGAUAAUGCAGUCAAACAGGCUGAGACCCUCUUCCAGCAAAUCUGCCCCAAUGAAGACUUCUGUCCACCCCCUCCAAAUCCUGAAGACAUUGUUCCGGAUGGAGACAAUUUACAACCAGAUACUUCAGAAUCCAGUGUCGUACCAGAGGGCAAUUUAGAGACUCCCAAGGAAAGUGCAAACCUGUUGAAGCCAGAGGAGCACUCUGAAUAACAACAGAUAUACCACAAACUAUAUAUCCCACUUUGGAAGUUCCUCUGGGCCUCAGAGUCUUCUUGAUUGAGCAGCUGUUUGAAAAAUUGAACCUGAUUGAAAGCAGAUUUAGAAAGCAGAUUUUAGAAAACUAAAGUAUGAAC